AUGGCGUGGUGGCAUCUUGUUGUCGCGCACCCAUGCCUCGCCCUCGGCGUGGUUGGCAUGGGCUACCUGCUGUCACUAGCUAUAUAUCGGCUAUACCUUUCGCCAAUUGCUCAUUUCCCCGGACCUAAGCUGGCCGCGAUGACCAUGUGGUAUGAGUUCUACUAUGAUUCAUAUGUCGGUGGUCAAUACACCUUCGAAAUCGCCAAAAUGCACCAAAAGUACGGUCCGAUUGUGAGGAUCAGUCCUUAUGAACUCCACAUCGACGAUCCAGAGUACUACGACGUCUUGUACUCCCGAGACAAGCCUCGCAAUAAGUCGGUUCAUUUGACCGGCAUGUUCGGAGCCCCAGACUCUGCCUUCGGUUCUGUCGAUCACCGUCGUCACCGGAUCCGCCGGCAGCCUAUGAACCCGUUCUUCUCCCAGCAACGAAUUCGACACCUUGAGCCCAUGCUUCGUGGCAUGAUGAAUAAAUUACGCCAAGGAAUGAAGGCCUGGAAAGAAAGAAACACCCCACUGCAUAUGUACCAUGCGUUCAAUGCAUUCACUACUGAUGUGGUAGUGGAGUAUUCCAUGGGCGAGUCAUUCCACUAUCUAGAUGACCCUGACUUUACUCCACAAUGGUCCAGGACAAUUCAGUCAAUCGUCACCAUGGGAGUACAGCUCAAGCAGUUCCGCUGGGUCAUUGGCUUUUUCGAAUUGCUUCCACGUUGGUUGGUUGUGAGCCUCAACCCGGAUAUUGGCCCGGUCAUCGACCAGAAGGUAGAAAGUCUCCGGCUGGCGAACUCGAUUAUCGACAGUGAGAAGUCCAGUGCGACUUCGACGGAUGAGAAGGCCAGUAUGCCGAAGAAUACCUUGUUCCAUGCGCUGCUGGACAGCAAGCUUCCGGCGGAGGAAAAAUCGGCUAGUCGCUUAAGUCAGGAAAUUUUCACGGUCAUCUCCGCGGGCGGAGAAACCACUGCAAAGAAUUUGACGACACUUACUUUUCACCUUUUGAAUAAUCCCGACAAGUUGCAGAAGCUACGCGAUGAGUUGAACCGUCUUGAUCCUGAUGGGACAGCGUCUUUGGUGGAAUAUGAGACCAUGCCCUACUUGACAUCUAUCAUGCUCGAGGGACUAAGACUCACAAAUGCUAUCUCGACAAGACUUCAACGUAGUUCUCCAGUCGAUCCUAUGAAAUACAAAGACUGGGUCAUUCCGCCUGGGACACCUGUUGGCAUGACAGGCAUCUUCAUGCACCAUAAUGAAGACAUCUUCCCCGACUCGCAGAGCUUCAUCCCAGAGCGCUGGAUGGAUCCAGAACAGCGAAAGUAUCUCGAGAGAUACAUGGUCGCCUUCAGCAAAGGCUCCAGACAAUGUAUUGGUAUUCCUCUUGCACGGGCGGAGAUUCUCUUGGCUGUGGCUACAAUCUUCCGAGAAUUUGACAUGGAGCUGUACGAAACUACCAUCGAUGAUGUUCGUAUUGCAAAAGACAUGUUCAAUGGCCACCCAAGAGAUGGAAGUCAAGGUGUCCGUGUCAUGAUCAAAGGCUGGAAGGAAAGCUCUGUGACGAACACAAUCUCUUCAUGA